GGGACAAAAUGCGGCAGAGACUAGUAGUCCACUGGAGCACAGCACAGAUCUCCAUCUCCGGGCUCCGGCGGCAGCGCUCGCACCACACGCACGCACGAAGCUUCCACUGCGGGUUUGCCUGCCGUCGAUAUGGCCGGGGAACUGCGCCACCGUGGCGGCGAAGCGGCGGGCAGCGGCGGGGAAGGAGGAGCCGACGCCCCCGCCGCGGCGAAGGCCAAGGUCGGCGGCGGCGAGGGGAAGGAGGAGGUGGAGGUGGAGGAGGGAAGGAAGGAGGCGCUGGGGUGGCUGGAGUGGAGCCGCGGGUGGAUGGGCGUGGUGGGGGAGUUCUUCUUCCAGCGGAUCGCCGCCAGCCACCUCGCCAACCCGCUCGAGCUGCCCCCGCUCGACGGCGUCUCCGUCGUCGUCACCGGCGCCACCAGCGGCAUCGGCCUCGAGAUCGCCAGACAACUCGCACAAGCAGGUGCCCAUGUUGUGAUGGCAGUUAGGAGACCCAAGGUGGCGCAUGAUCUGAUUCAGAAAUGGCAGAAUGAAAAACCAGAAUGUUCCAUGCCACUUAAUGUCGAGGUAAUGGAGCUUGACUUGAUCUCCCUCGACUCAGUUGCGAAAUUUGCUGAUGCUUGGAAUGCUCGUAUGGCACCCUUACACGUAUUAAUCAACAAUGCUGGCAUUUUCUCUAUAGGAGAGCCUCAGCGGUUUUCUAAGGAUGGAUAUGAAGAACACAUGCAAGUAAACCAUCUCGCGCCAGCACUACUGGCAAUGCUGCUUCUACCUUCCCUUCUUCGAGGCUCUCCGAGCAGAAUUGUCAACGUCAAUUCCGUUAUGCACACAAUAGGUUUUGUAGAUGCUGAAGAUAUGAACAUUACAUCUGGAAAACAUAAGUACAGAAGUUGGUUGGGAUACUCAAAUAGCAAGUUAGCACAGGUAAAAUUUAGCAGCAUUUUUCAUAAGAGAAUGCCUGCAGAGGCUGGUGUCAAUAUUGUUUGUGCCUCUCCUGGGAUUGUUCACACAAAUGUCGCGAGGGAUCUCCCCAAGAUUAUUUUAGCUGCAUAUCAUUUCAUUCCCUACUUCAUAUUUGACCCUCAAGAAGGUUCAAGAAGUACAUUAUUUGCAGCAUCUGACCCCCAAGUUCCGGAAUACUGCGAGACAUUGAAGUCUGAAGAUUGGCCUGUUUGUGCUUGCAUUAACUACGACUGCAAUCCGAUGAAUGCCUCUGAAGAAGCACAUAACCUGGAAACAUCGCAUCUUGUAUGGGAGAAGACGCUCGAGAUGAUAGGUCUCCCACCAGAUGCCCUGGAGAAGCUCAUCGCAGGGGAACCUGUUCAGUGCCGUUAUGGACAACACAAGGCAGAGUAGGAAGGAUAUCUCAAAGCACAUGAUCAACUUGAUCCAGUUCAAUUUUUGCUUUUCGAACAUCAAUUCGAGUACCGUUAUUCUGCCAGUUUAGUGGUGGUUUCAUAUACUUGAUUAGAGUUGCAUACCAUGUUUCCCACAGUUAGCUAUUUUUCUACAAAAAAGAAUAGAGGGUCUCGAAACUGGGUUUGUUAUCGUGCAGCUUUGUGCGAAAUGUAGGGCUUUGAGUUGUAAAAACAUUUUUUUGGUGAUCACGUAGUACUGCUUUGGGCGUUAGUGACACAUUUUCAAUUUAUAUUACAAUUAACUUAUAUGCCUCUUGGAAA